AUGGAUCCUUCAAAGAUAAGAGAGAAAAUCGGUCGCUUUCGGAUCCUCAUCAUAGGAAGAGCCAAUGCAGGAAAAACAACAAUUCUGCAGAGAGUUUGCAACACACGGGACCAACCAGAAAUAUACAACACUGAUGGGGAAAAGAUUGAUCUCGAAGUUUUAACAGCAUCCAGAGGGUGCAGACUGCAUGACAUUGAGAACGAAAUGGUGUUUCGAAGCAACCCGGGCUUGAUUUUUCAUGAUUCAUGGGGUUUCAAGGCAGGCGGCGAAUCAGAAUUCGACAAGGUGAAGGCAUUCAUCACUGAGCGUUCCAAGGAAACAAAGAUAACAAAAUGGCUCCACACUAUAUGGUACUGCAUCCCAAUGGAUGAAGCAUGUAGGUUGUUCACUGCAGCCGAAAAUAAGUUUUUCUCUCAGUGUGACACAGGAACCAUACCUGUCAUCGUUUUAUUCACAAAGUUUGAUGCACUAUACGACGUCGCUUACACACAACUGAAAACGGAAGGAAAAUCUAGGAAAGACGCUAGAAAACUGGCCGCAAAACAUGCCGAAGAAACAUUUGCAAAUGGACCGCAAUUGAAGUUUCUCAAGGAUGUCUGA